AUGCCAGAACUACGCCGGUGUGUGACUAUUUAUCCUCCCAUGCUUGAUAUCAUUAUGCACGUUCCAAAAGAAACUCUUGAAAAUCACCAACUAAAGCCAAAUACGAUUGUUUCCUAUUGCGAGAGUAAGCACAAGUCUAUCUGCCAGUUAGUACAGGACAGAAUAGAUAGUAAAACAAGCUCUCCUACUUUUUUAGCUGGUGGUGCUACUUUCAACACUCAAAAGAUACUUUCGCGUUGGUUGCAAUGUGACUUUUUUGGAAUUGUUGGUCAUGAUGUUUAUGGGACUAUUCUAGCUAAGAAGAUGGAGGGUACUUUAGUCAACAUCCAUUUAGACCGGACUUCAGUAUGUUCGACGCAAUGGGCUUUAGUUUUCUUAUCUGGUGAUGAACGUACUUUAGUAGCUAAACAGGAUGAAAGUAUUUGUUAUUCCGAUAAGGCUAAAGAGCAAAUAGCUGCUUUAAUUGAUCAGCACGCCCUUUUCUACUUUGUUUCUUUUACCUUCUUUCUUAAGAACGUUACUCAAGAUUCUUUAGCUAUUAUAAAGACUAAAGCUAGUAAAGGAUUCUGUUUGGUAGUGAACUUGUCUUCUGUAGAGGUAGCUACUCUAUUUAAAGCCCAAAUUCUUAGUGUUUUAGCCCAGAGUGACUUUGUGAUUGGGAACAAAGAGGAGUACUCUGCUCUUUUUGAUGAGAGUGAUAUAAGUGCUUUACCGGGCCAUUUAGCUAAGUUAGGGUGUGGCUUUGCCAUUACUGAUGGGGCCAAGACGGUUAUUGGCCAGAUUCCUGGUGGGCCUUUAAGAACUGCUCAGCCCAAGACUCUUUCGCAUGAGCUUAAUACUAAUGGAGCGGGUGACUCUUUUGCCGCCGGCUUUAUUGGGGCUUUGAAAGACCAAAAGACUCUACAGGACAAAGAUGUGCUUCCUUUAUUGCAAGCGGGUAUUGAGGCCUCUGCCGAGUACAUUCAGCAAGUAGCCAACAUAGUGCACAAUUAG